AUGCCCGCACGCCGCUGGACGACCGAUGCGGAACUUGAGUACUUGCAGACAAAGCUGGACUCCUUCCGAUCGCAUCAGCUCGCGCACACGCUCCAUCGAUUUUGGCCAGAUAUCUACCGCGAAUGGUUCUUGAAAUUCCCGGAGAGACCGAGGGUCCUUCCAAACGUCGACGGGGAUUUAUCAGAAGCAGAGGAUAAGCAGCUGCAGGAAGCCAUCAUAAAUCGUAAACGGAAAGUCUACAACUGGUUCAACAAUCAGAACUGUCAGCAGACUCGCAAGGCGAAGGCAACGCACGUGAACUUGAGCCUUCUCAAGCCGAAGAACCGACGGAACUUGAAGGAAACCGAGGUCUACUCACGCAAGUACUACGACGAGCGGAUCAAGCCUCAGGUGCAGGAGGAGUUGUCCGGGCGCGUCGUAACGAAGGAAGAGAGGCUUGGGAUCAUCAAGAGGGUCACGAAGGAGCUUUACGACAGAGAGGACGAGGAGAUCAAGAAAGAGAUUCGCGACGAAGUCGACGUCCUUCGGGCGGCAAGAGGGACUCCAGGGAAGCGAGGCGCGUCCGAAGGCACGGACGGUUCCGACGCACCAGCGGAGGCUACCGAUGAGCAUGCCAUUCUGGCUGUGGUUUGUCAAUCCGUGCUCGACGACAUGCCUGCCAUUUUUCGGCAGCUGUUCCUCGAGCUGCACCGUCAGACUGGCUGGUACUUCAUGGUCAUGGCAGCUGGUGUAGCACCCGGUUCUGAUGGCGGAAUUGGGAGUAUGGUCUUUCACCAAGAAGGGGACGACCCCGAGCACAACAUCGGGAGGUUGAGCAACUUUGUGUCGCAAUUCGUCCGGCCAUUCGUCGAGUAUGUCAAAGAAGAGAUAGCAAUUGCUCGCUCCGAAAAGCUAUCGCAGCCGAGUACGAGCUCGCCUGCCCCGGCGGCUGCUCCUCAAGGUCCUGCCGCGCCUGCAACACCAGCAACAUCUACCCAGGAGGCGAGUGGAGCGCCGCAGGCAACGUCCAGUGUAGAGUCGUCGGAGCAGGUCGGCUUGGAGCAGUCGCCAUCCACCAGCACCGCGCCUACGACGCCCGCGGCCAGUGGUGCAUCCAGCCAAAAGGAGCAGGCGGCUCCUACCGUGACGUCGCUCGCGGCUGUUGGCGCGUCGAGUCGGGAGCAACAGAUCGAACCUGCAUCGACAUCGCCCGCGUCUGUUCGUGAGCCAAGCCGAGAGGAGCAGUCUGCUCCGGCGUCCGAGUUGUCCUCGACUGCUGUGGUUGCUCCUGACUCGGACAAUACAGCCUCCUCGUUGCUGGACUCCAUCCCAUCUCCCCGCUUUGCUGCCGACGCACCUCUGCGCCCCGUUCAAGACCCUGUACGUUUAAACACCGUAACAUCGAGCACAGGUGUGCAUCAGCCUCAAACGGAUGGCGCGAGCGGCCCAAUGAACGCACCUGUACCAACGUCCCGCGUGUCUGGUGCGAUGUCAUCUGCGCCUGGUAUGCUGUCUGCACCUAGCCCGUCUCUCCCCGAGUUCGUGGAUGACAUCGACUACUCCCUUCUCGCCUCCGAAUACGCUGCAACAAACCCAGGUCCCGUCGACCUCCUCAAUGCCCACCGCUUGCUGCCAAUGAGUUCUCAGUGGCCAGCGAGCGGCAGCGAACAGUCCUGGACCGGCUUGAACCCCAUGCCAGCGCCGCCAUCGUUUUCGAUGUACCAGCCCGAUCUGUUGCCGAUGGCGAUGCCAUUCUCGACGAAUACCCCUCCCUCGUUCGCAAACAGCACCUUUUCAUCCAACUUCCCAGCUUCUUCAGCAAAUCUACCAUCGUCCUCUACGACCUUCACUAAUCUGACAUACAACUUCCCACCGACGUUUUCCACUUGGGACCCCAUCCCGCCACACCUUCAGCCGAUGACAUCCGGGCCACACAUACCACCGCAGGGUUCAAGCUCGGCACCGGAGGCCGUACAGCGAGCCGACCGUCAGUCCUCGCUCGCUCCAAAUGCGCAGCGCGCCGCCGACAAGUCUUCGGAUGAGCUGGGACCUCCUAUUGGAGCAUCGAACGCACCCUCUGUACAUUCAACCUCUCCACUGCCGCAGUCUGUGUCUGUACCAUCCCCGCCCUCCGUGCUUCCCCCUCACCACAUCCCACCCAGCUCGCAUGCACCAAGUCCGCCUGGUGGACGCCGCGAUCCGUCAGUCACGAACAAUGCUUCUACAGCAGGAGCCGCGGAGGCAGCGACGACAGGAGCCGUGGAGGCAGCGCCUGCGACGACAGGAGCCGAGGAGGCAGCGUCUGCGACGGCAGGGCAGCCCGACACUCUUGCCGAUGGUGAUGGUGAUGGUCGAGGUCGGCCCAAGCGCCGACGGCGCGCACCAGCACGUCCCGACAAGUCCCCUGUUACACCAGUUAAGAGAAAGGCUUCGCCAGCGAGCGCGGAGUCGGAUGCUGCAGCAAAGAAAAGGCGACCUGCGCCGGGCAAACAAAAGGCUGCAAAGAAGUGAGUAGGCGAAUACUGAAGCUCGUCACAUUUCAUAAUAUCAUGUACAUAAACUCUGGGUUACUACGUAGCGUACCUUCUUCUUAAUGCACGAAUUUGCGGGUGGUCGCUCG